GUGUUAUAGCCAGCAGUCUUCACUGAGCUAUUGAGUAGUGUGCACUACAGGAUAAUUGUAAAAGAUAGAAAAAAGAUAAAGAUACAACAUGUGUGGGGAAAUGGGCAAGGCUGUGCUGCGGGCGCUGACGGGGGCCCUGCUAUGUGGUCUGGUGUCUGAUGCUGCAUAUUUACAACAAUACGAGGACUACCCACAAUACCAACAAGUCGUGUACCGCAAGCCGCUCCGGGAACACGAGAAGCCGCAGGACCUGCGCAACGUGCCCGGCGUUCCCGGGGUCGACUACCCGAUCUACCACCAGGUGCCCGAGACCAGCUUCUCCUGCGCACACGUGCCUGUGCACCCGGGGAUGUAUGCUAAUGUGGAGACUGGAUGCCAGGCUUACCACGUGUGUCAUGACGGUCGUGAAGGUCACCAGGGGGCUUCAUUCCUCUGCACCAACGGGACGCUGUUCGACCAGGCCAAGUUCGCUUGUGAUUGGUGGUACAACGUGGACUGCUCGCAGGCUAUUGAGCACUAUAAACUAAAUGCGGACCCCUUGAAGAACCCCUACGUGCCGAAGCCCAAACCGGAGGAACACAGAGAGGAACAGCCUUACGGCAUUUACUUUAGGAAGUUAGACCAUUAGAUUUAAUAAUUGUCGUCAUCAAAGCGCUAUUUGUACUAGAAAUUCAUUGCUAAAUUUCCUAUUAAAACUACAGUUGAAUUCAUAAUGGAUGUUGGUGUCCGAAAUCUAUAUGAAAAUAUUAAGGUACUAAAAACAAGCAAACUCAUGAAAAAAUUGUGUUGUCACUGAUCUUUGAUAAAUGCACCUAGUUUCAAUUAAAUCUGUCCGUUUAAAAUGAGUCAAAUCGACUCUUAAUGAGAUAUUAUUAACUUUUAAAUACAAAUAUACAGGUGAACCUAAUAUUUACAAUAAUUUUAAGAAAGGACACCACAGCAAUAAUAACUGACAUUAUAAUACUGAAAACUACUUAAUGUUAACAUUUAGUAUGAAUUCGACUAAAUUAACAUUCUUUCAUUAACCAAUCAUCAUAACGUAAUAAGUAAUUAAUUUUCAUUCUCAGUAUGUGUAUAAAUGUAAUUUUAAUUAGGUUAUUUCAACGCCGUAUUACAGAGUUCAAAUACAAGUACUAUAGAUUCAUAUUAUGGUUCAUAAGAUAAAAUAUAAGUAAUGAUACAAUCCCAUUUUAUUUUGUACUCUUUUUUAUUAAUUAUCUGUAAUCCUGGAAAUUAAACUUAGAUUUUUAUAUUGACUUUUGAAUCAUGUAUUUUUUUAUAUUGAGUCUGUGGAUGUUCAUCGGUGGCGCCAAUCAUUGCUUUCCGUCCGGUGACGCGCAAGCUCACUUUGCCAGCUUAAAAAAAAAGGAAUAUUUUAUUGUUUUUUUUUGGUGACGACAAUACUCUAUUUUUUAUCUGUUUAAUUUUAAAUCGCUUUUCAUACAUUCAUGUUUCACGCAUUUGGUACUUAUUGAAAAUAAUUAAUUUAUUAUCACCUUGCCAACCACUUGAAAUAAUACUCACAUAAUAGAAUAAAAUGUAAUUUAAUGUAAUUAGGUAUUGAAUAAAAAUCUGAAAAUUAA